AUGACUGGAUUUCUUGUGCCCAAUCAUUCUAAGAAGCAGACCAUGACAGAACUCGAUGUCAUGAUCGCGAGCAUAUUUCUCGGCAUCACUAUUGCAUUCGCCAUUUUAUCAGCUGGCACGGCAAUGCGACAGUCCCUGCACUGUUACAGGCGAUCCCACCAGGCGACAACCUAUAUUUUCAUGAUCUGGGGACAUUGGCUUGCCAACAAUACCUUUGCACUUGUCAGUUUCUUGUAUCUGCGGGACGGGAUCCAAGCGAGUUCCUGGUUGUGGUUCUGGAUACUGGUCCUUUUGGGUAUUCCAAUCACAGCUCAUCGUACAGAUCAUUAUCAAUCGACUGUCACUUCUGGUGGUGCUACCAAAUCAUACGUGCAGGUUAAGUUAAGAUGGAUGAUCUUUACCAUUAUGCUGGCUAUUAACAUCAGCGUGUUCGUCGUAUGGAUCCCGGCCCGGCUCCACUUCAGCGACAAAUGGGUAUACAUCAAUUCCAUCUGGGACAGGAUCGAGAAGUCCAUCUUCCUUCUUGUCGAUGCAUCUUUGAACUUCUAUUUCAUUUACUUGAUCUGGGCCCAGAUCCUUGCUUAUGAUCUUACUAAAUAUAAAACACUUUAUAAAUUCAAUAUCAUUAUGGUUGGUGUUUCCAUUGGGUUAGAUGUCGCCUUGAUAGGAAUGAAGUCCCUACCAAAUGAUUUAAUCUACCUCCAAUUCCAGUCCGUCGCAUAUGCGGGAAAACUGCAUAUCGAGUUGAACAUGGCAAAUCUAAUUGGGAAGCUAGUACGCUAUUCCAACAUCGAUGCUCCUGCAGGAUACUUGGCAACUGGCCUACGGACGACUGCGAAAGGUCACGCGACGACCGCUUACGAUGCUCGCGACGAUGCUAGUGCCAGCAUAUAUAUUCGCAAUAGCCAAGGCUUCAGAUCGCAUAUGGCUAGGGGGGCAAGCCAUCCUUAUCGUGGACCCGCAGCAGCUUUCCGCGGGCUUGCCAUGGAAAGGAAUCCAGAGAACGACUGUGGUAUCACAGACCGUCGACAGUUGCCCCGCAGCAACUUUUGGGGAUGGAGAUAUACCAGCAAGGCAUAG